CCAAUACCUAUUUUCCCCAGAAAUAAUUCCAUGGUUAACACCCGCGUCCCAUGUCUACCCAGGUAUCACGAGGCGUUUGGCAUGGAUGGUUCCUCUCGUCGCCGUCCUGGGUUCGACUCUGGUAUCCUCCUGGUCCUUCCCCGCCCCGUUGGUCGACCUUUAUCACUCCUGGUUCCUGUCCCCAGCGCCCCCGCCGCCGCCGCAAGGAGAGGACACAACCCCAGGUCCUCCCACUCCCGCAGAGACAACAACUCCCUCAGAAUUUCCCUUGAAGUCGACGCCUCCUUCAGCCUCCCGACGAGAGCGGUGGCGGAGGGCGGGCAAAGGAGAGGCUGAGGCUCAGGACGAAGGAGCUUGCGUAGCGGAUCUGAGGGGGAGGAUCCUGCAGCAGGCGGAGCGGACGAUGGCUGUGAUUGACGAGUUCAAGGACGAGUUUACCAGAGCCAAGUACGACAUGACCUGGGACAAAGCCAACGCCCACUUCGACGACGUGGCCAACGACCCGACCUACCUCGUGGCGUGCAGCGAAGAGCAAGUCUGCCGGAAGGUGCUCCCCUCGCUGCCCUCCGCGCCCCCCCUGCCCCCCACCGACGACGAGGGGAACAAGGCGAUCCUGACGGAGCUCUCGGGAUACUGUCGCCAAUACUGCGAGGCCCUGAACCAAAUCUUCCUGGACGAGUCGCUCUUCGAGGAAGCGUUCAAGGAGCACCUCGACACGGCCCAGCGGAACAUGGAGUCCUUGGCCAACCUGCUGGUGAGGGGCGUUGACCUGUGCGACGGCUCUCCGGACAACGAGUUGGUGAAGGGCAUGGUGGACAUGAUCUACAGGAUGGAAAACGAAGACAUGAGGAAGAGACGAGGCUUCGGCACCAUCCGCCAGUGCCUCCUCGGGCUUCAGUACAUCAUAGACGUUUUCUCCGCUGCGACGUACUAGGUGCAUGAGGCAGAGAGGUGUAGGUGCAAUGUGCAAUGCCGUCGAUGAUAUUUGUCUUACUGAUGUAGCUCAGAAUGUUAUUUAUUGAUAAAAUAAUAAAUUAAAAAGUAUCUGUGUGUGUAUGUGUGUGUGUGUGUGUGUGUACGUGCGUGCGUGUGUCCUUAUGUUAUAGUACCAAUGAUGAUAUGCAUAUCAUCUCAUCAAAAAUUAUAUUAUAUCUUAAUUAUAACGAAUACCCACUGAUGCUUAUUCUCGCCUUGAUAACAACUAUCAUAUGUUAUCAUCUGAAUGACAGUUGAUAAAAAAAUCAUCGUCCACACACACUGAAUGAGAUAAAAUAAAAAAUGUGACAGAUGUAAGGUGGGGGCAAUACAUACUUUUUUCUAUUCGUUUCCUCAUAAGCAAUUGUUAUUUCAAAACUUUUAAUGGAUAUGACACAGAUUAGUUCUUUAAGUGGACUUACCCAUAUAUGUUAUGUUUUUAUACGUGUACUUUGAUAAUAAAAAUAAAAAAA